GCUUGUAAUGCUUGAUUGCUAUAGUAUUUAUGAUUAUCGCCUGGUUACAGAUAAUUUUUCUGCCUGUCCACUGUAUAAUGUGCUGGCAUGUCUCAGUUGAAACCACACGCAAACUCAAACUCAAUGUGCUGUCGGCUAAUAAUAGUCGGAAGGGAAAGUGCGGUAAUCUGACGCCACAAAAUAUGCCAUGACAAAGCCAUCCAUAGUCUGUCAUUGAGGGGAGUGGCAGGUUGGAAUGCGCUGACGGAUGGGUUGAUUCAACAUGGGAUAUAGUUAAUAUAACGUCCAAGGGUAUGAGGAGAGGGGACCAGCCCCUAUCUUCCCUUGUUCAUGUCAGCAUGGCGUGACAAUCGUCGGGUCGAUUGAAGGGAUCUUCAAGGUCGCACACCUGGGACGGAAGGUGAUAAUGUCUAUCCUAUUGAGACUUGAGAAUUGACUCGCUCAUCCCGUGCGGUAGAGUUUAGCAAUAGGCAGAAGACCGAAAAUUGUAGGAAUUUGGCGAUUGAUUCUUUUUCAGAAAAAAAAAAACAACUGAAAAUGAAAAAAAA